GUAUAUAGACACAGAAAGAUAGGCUUGAUUUGAAAUAUAUUGCAAUGUGUAUUCUGGACAAGGCCUGGGUUUCAAACUUGAGGUCUUGGUCAAGUACUUAACUCUACUGUGCUUUAGUUUUCUCAUUGGUAAGAUGAGCAUAUUAAUGUAUCUUCAUUAUUAAGCCAUUUUCAGAAAUAAAACAGCUAACAUAUGUCAAGUGCUUUGAACUGCAUUGGCACAAGGUAAAUAACAAAUAUUUUUCAUUAUUAAAAGAGGACAAUUCUAUGUGGAAUUUUAUUGCACUAAGUAAAUUUACCUUUGGUUUACCCAUAUUUUCCCCUAUUCUCCAAAUAAUUUUUAAGGUGACUUUGAUAUUCAAACAUUCAAAAAAAAAAACAACCUCCUUCUCACCUUCUUUUGUGACAAAGUGUUCACAUUACACAAAAAGAGUACGAAUUUCCUGUGUUGUGGUUCCGGAACAUUUUAGAAGCUAGUGAUUUUACUUUGUCUUGUUCAUUGUGCACAUCCAUGUCUCACCAUAGAAGACUCAAGAGCAUUGUUUAAAUGCACAAUUUUUGUUUCUCUUUCUUUUUAAAACAAAUUUCUCCAUACACAACUUUUGGAUUCUUUAGCCUCGAGCUCAGCUCUGUGACCCACCAUUCUUGAACAAGACACAGAGUGCCUUACCUGCGUCAGCACUGGACCAAGACUUCCCAUGGCAGCUUCUCAGAGCACUCCUUGGAAAUUGAUCAGUGGCGUCUUAGGAGUAAUGUGCCUUUUGUUGAUGUCUACUUUGGCAAUUUUGUUGAGAAAUUGCUCUGGCUGCUGUUCUUGCCAUGAAAAGUGGAUUGGGUACCAGUGCAACUGUUACUUCAUUUCUAAUGAAUUAAAAAGUUGGGCAGAAAGUAGGAAUUUCUGUUCUUCUCAGAAUUCCAGUUUACUUCAGAUGCAAAAUGAAGAUGAAUUGCAUUUUAUGAACUCCAGUAAAUAUUUUUACUGGAUUGGACUCCAUUACAGUGAAGAACAAAGCGUCUGGGUGUGGGAGAACGGCUCUGCUCUGUCCCGAGAUCUAUCUCCAUUGUUUCGAACUGUAAAUACAAAGAACUGCAUUACAUACAGUGCAAGCAAAAACGUUUUGGGUGAACCCUGCAAAAAAGAGCAUCGUUUUAUCUGUAAGCAACAGCUUUUUAAAGAUGUUUCCAGGAGCGAGAAGGGUGCAAUGAAGGUCCAGUAGUAAUAAGAAUGUACCUUUGCUUCUUACAGUAUAGCUAAUUAUCUACUUCUGGUAUCUGUAAAAUGUUUCAAACUGUGUCUUAUACAAUUUUCAUACAUUUGAAACCACAAGUUUUAAAGUUGAUGAAGUUUGUACACCUACACCUGAAAUUAUAAAGCAUCAACAAAAGAAUGUCAUUAAUGUUGACUUAAUGCAUGUGUUCACUGGUGAGUUUAGCAUAUUUGUAUGCAUCUAUUUUUAUACACUUUCUCUGCAGAAAUUCAAAUAAAACAAUUCACACCAAAUAA